CCGAGCUUUCCAUGAAUCGAUGAACGCAGCAAGCACCGUCCAACAUGGCGGCCCAGCGCAGGAAUUUGAUGCAGAGCCAUCAGAGCUGGACAGAUGACCUGCCUCUGUGUCAGAUGUGUGGGGUCGGCACAGCACCCAACUGUGUGUACGGCCCCGAUGGUAAAGGAACUCAGAGCCACACCAACGAAGACGGACACCUUGGGUUCAGAGGCGAGGACAGCUGUUUCCUGUACGGAGUCUUUAACGGGUAUGACGGCAGCAGAGUGGCCAGCUUUGCAUCCCAGUGUCUGACCGCUGAACUGCUGCUGGGACAGCUCAACUCGAGUCACACGGACAAUGACAUCCGUAGGAUCCUCACACAGGCCUUUGAUGUGGUGGAGAAGAGCUACUUCGAGACGAUAGAUGACGCUCUGGCUGAGAAAGCCACCCUGUCCAACUACCUCCUACCACACAAUGAGAAUGUCUCAUUCCAUCACUCUUCUCAGAAUCAGAAGGUGCAGGAGCGUCUGAAGGAGCUGGAGCAGGAGGUGUCGGGAGGAGCUACAGCUGUGGUGGCACUGAUCCUUAACAACAAGCUGUAUAUCGCCAAUGUUGGUACCAACCGAGCACUGCUGUGUAAGUCCAGCAGCGAUGGACAGAACCAGGUCCUCCAGAUUGGCCGGCCUCACAGCACUGACAAUGAAGACGAGCUGCAGAGACUGGCUGCGUUGGGUGUGGAUUCAACACGAGUGAAGCAGGCGGGGCAGAUCGCUGGGCAGAGCAGCACCAGGAGGCUCGGAGACUACAGGGUCAAGUUCAACUACAAUGAAAUCGACUUACUCAGUGCGGCCAAGACAAGGCCGAUCAUCUCAGAGCCGGAGAUUCAUGGAGGCCAGUCUUUGGACGGCGUAACAGGAUUCUUGCUGCUGAUGUCAGAAGGUCUCAUCAAUGCCCUUGAGUCUGCUCACGGAGCCGAACAGGCCAAUCAGGAAAUCGUUGCCAUGGUAGCAGCAGAACUGGCCCAGCAGACCAGUCUGGAGGCAGCGGCUCAGUCAGUGGUGGAGCGAGUCAAACGGCUGCACCACGACGUCUACGUGUCCGGCCGUCAGAGGGCGACCUACUGUUCCCGACAUGAGGAUAUGACCCUGCUGAUCCGCACGCUCAACUACCCGCUGGCUGACGGAGCGCUGACACCUACGCAGGGUGGCCGCAUCUAUCCCGUGUCAGUGCCAUACUCCAACAGCCAGAGCACGAGUAAAACCAGUGUCACCCUCUCACUGGUAAUGCCAUCUCAAAGUACCCUCACCAAUGGGACCAACACGGCCUCCACCCUGGAGGAAGGCACCCCAACACCAGGCAGUCAGAGUCCCACGGCUACCCUCCAGUCCACCAACACCCAGACGCAGAGCUCCAGCUCCAGCUCAGGAGACGGGAGCCUGUUCCGCCAGAGAGGGAGCCAGGCAGCUCAGCCUGAUGAGACGGGACGGGUACCGCCUUAUGUGGACUUCAGUCAGUUUUACCGCCUGUGGGGGAGCGACCACAGCGACGGCCAGAGCACCCAGGGAGGACUGGGGCCCCAGUGAAGAGGGCUGGGAGGGUGCAGGCUGCAGGUCUCAAAGGGAUGGACUUGGUUUCUGGCAUGGAUUGAGAAGGGACAAAGACUUUAAAGAAGUGGUCUGGAUUCAAGUUAAAAUGCUUUUAAUGUAUCCCAAAUAAAAAUAAGUGGCCUAAAGGUGCAUGGGGAUGAGUGGAGGAAAGACUUGUGUGAAGAAAACCCCUAAAACACCUUCAUCAAGUAAACUCCUGUAACAAUGCUGGUAAUUAAUGAUUGUGAAUAUACUGUAUUAUGUAAUCAGGAUUGUAGCUGUUAUUGUUCCACGUUAAAACACGUAUCUACAAACAAGAAUCUCAAAGACUUGAGUUUGUGCAUUUAAGAAUGAUAACACUGUAAGACUUUAUAAUGACAUGAAUGGGUGAGUUUUGAAGUGUUUUUUUAUUGUAAUGAAAGCAUAAAUCUAAACGUAUCAAACCCU